AUGGCAAAUGUUAACGAUAUAAUAGCAGAUUUAGUCAAUGCAUUCGAUGAAUACUCUGACGACUCAGUGUCUCUGACUGCAAUCCUCGAGAUGUAUAUUGACCAAAUAAAUAUGGAUGGUGAAAUCGAUGACAAAGAACAAUUCCUCACGGCAUUGCUUGGAUUAAUGAAGGACCAUCCAGAUGUUGUGGCAAGAAUCAGUUGGGAUUUUCCAAAGGAAAUUCUGAAGUUUCUAACUACAGCGAAUGUUGAUGUAACCAAGAGACUCGGUUAUAGUGUCAUUAUAUCCCUUGUAAUGAAAUGUUUCAACGAAAUUGCAUUCUCAGCUGAACCCAAGGAAUGUUUACUUACAGGCUGUGAGUUGCUGUCCAAUCUUUCUCUAGAGAAUGAGAAUAUAGAGCUGGAAAUGGAACAAGGCGAUCAUACAAAUAGUAAAGGCCAAACCCAUUAUUCCAGUGCUGAAAUUGGUAAAUACCAUGCGGAAAGAACUCCUGCUGACUUUUUUGUCAGCGUUAAGAUGUACAUUCUUUUUGAAUUAAUUGGAACAACAUUGCAACGUAUUCCUACAUUGAAUCCAUCAAAAUACUUAGGUUUGGCUACUUCUGCAAUGAUUCGUUUCAUAAAGGCUAAUUGUGACGGAAUCAACGAUGUAAGAAUUGUCAUGCGUCGUAUCUUUAGCUUCUGCAGGAAUUACGUGCCCCCAGAUACCUCUCUAUGUGUUAUCAAAGACAGGUCCCUGACUAAAGAGGAUUUGAUCAGAAUUGAAGAGAGAGAGCUUGCUUCACAAAGGAGAAUAUUACGCAAUCUUUGCACGAUAGGGUUAGAAACCUGUUUGAAGGCUAUUAACGGUAGAACAGAUGUUAAAUAUUUUUAUUUUCUUUCAAACACUGAAUUUACAUUAGCUGGAUUUUACAAAGAUAUUUCUGAAGUGAAUUCAAGAUUUUUCAAUUUGGCCCUUUCAUUUGAUAUUGAUAUCAAAAAGGAAUUCUUAGAAUGUGUGAAGACUUCUCAUGAUAUCUAUAAGGGUUUGCCUAAGGAUUCUUCAAUAGGGAGUGAAGAGGCUAAAAAAUUGAUUCAGCAAACUGUUUACAAGUUAGCCUAUUCUUACGAGUUACAAAGAAUAGCUAAACAUAAGAACGUUCAAUUAGAUCCAUUAGGUAUUGUCAUUUUAUCUGGGGUUUAUUACAUGGAAACUGACAAGCACUUGUACCCUCAAAUAACUGUGAAAGAUGCCAUCUAUCUAUAUUUAAGAUGCACGACACCCUCUCUCUUUUCAAAAUUCUAUGAAAACUUUUCUGUGGAAAGUGUUGUCAGAUAUUGGUUAUGGGUAUCUAUUACUAAUCAUUCAAGUGCUGUCCUUCGAAAGGAAUUAGAAGAAUUACCAUCUUAUUUGUUGACCACAUUUUUGCAGACAUUUCUAUCUAAGAAUUGUAAACAACCUAAUGAAGAAAUUAGAAUGGUAUCAUUUACUUUAUUUACACGUAUCUUAUGUUUGAUACCUGAAGCAGUAACGUUCAAAUUUAUACUUGAAACAUUGACCGCAUCAUCAUAUCCACAUGUGAAGUCAUCGGUUCUGGGAAUAUUGAAGGACUUAAUGUCCAAGCGGAGAUCUUGCCAAGAUCUCUGUGCCAAUGAUAAUGAUGAAGCAUUGUCUAAUUCUUUGGCUAAGCUGAAGAUUAAUUCCAAGAAAAAUGAAGGAGCAGGUGUAGAAUCUCAAGUAUACGUCGAGGUUUCCGAGGAGAGAAUGAAUGAAAUUCAUCACUUGGCUCUUCGUGCUAUAAAUUCUUUAGAAGAAGAAAAAACUACUAGAGCCAAUAUAAUACUAAUUCUAAAUUAUUUAGAGUUCUUCAAUGGUUUACAUUCUGAAUGGGAUAAAUCAUUAUUACAAAGUAUUCACGAUGAAAUUGAAGACAAAGUGGAAAAUUGUAGUGAUGAGGAUUUAAAGAAACAGAUCAAAGAUGCUAAUGUGAAAUUAUAUGGCCUAAUCCAAUAA